CUUUAAGAGAAAAAUAAUUUGCUAAUUUUUGUUUUUAUUUAAGAAAAUAAUGUAAAUUAAUAUGUAAACAUUUCAGCGAUUCAGUAGUAUUCUCAUAUUUUAUUUUAUGGAUGGAAAGAGACCAUUUGUUUUAUUGUGGUGGCUGAGAAAAGUCUGCCAAACUGGGGUGUGGUAAGUCCAAAGUCGACUCGCCAGUCCACAGUAGUGCUAGCAGUGGUAAUAGUGCUACCACCAAAAUGGCGGGUCUCAACCUUUCGGCACCACAGUUUCCCGCCAGUAACUCUGCACAGCGUAUUUCUGCAACGCUAACCCCGGAGAGAAAGAAGGUGGCCUUAAAGCCGGGUCACUCGUUAAUGGACUGGAUUCGACUGGGUCGAAGUGGUCAAGAUCUGACGAGUGUGGGCGGCAAAGUGCUGGAAGUCAGUCUGGAAGACCUGGCCAAACAUAACAAACAGGACGAUGCGUGGAUCGCAAUCAGAGGAAAGGUGUACAACAUCACCCCUUAUCUGGAGUUCCACUCUGGGGGCAUCGAUGAACUGAUGAGGGGGGCUGGGAUUGAUGGCACACAACUCUUUGAUGAGAUUCACAAGUGGGUGAAUGCCGAGACGAUGCUGGAGAAGUGUUAUGUUGGCACACUGAAGUCAGCCAUUGCCAGCAGAAAAGGAAGUCUCUCAUCUCGAGGCAGCAACAAAUCAAACACAGCAGCAACUAACCUCUUGAAGUUAACUCCUCCACCUCAGGUUGUAGAAAAACCAAAAUAUGAGUGGUAUCAGAACACGAAGUGUGUGAUCAUUGUGGUGUACACAAUGACGAGAGGGAUGCAGUCGGAGAUGGUGACCAUCGACCGAGAGGGCCGUGAUCUGCGCGUCACCAUACUCAUUGAAGAUUACACCUUUCUCAUGCACAUAGAGUUAAGUCAGUUGGUAACCUCAGAUUACAAUGUCAGAGUGGACAAGGAGUUUGGGAAGGUAGAGAUAGUUCUGCCAAAAGAUGUACCAGAUAUUCAGUGGGGAUCCCUCGGCUCCGAUCUCGACCACCACAACUGCUUCGUGAAAACUGCAGAAAGAGACAAAAUAUUCCGCCCAUGCAAAGUUUUGUCCGUGGAGAGUGUUAGCCAUGACACCAAGUUGUUUUGUGUCGCACUGCCAGAAGGAACACGAAUGUGUGUCCCACUCGGCUACCACGUACGCAUCAGUCAUCGCGUCUCAGGGAUGGAUAUCGACCGAUGCUACACAGUGGUUCUGCCAUCACUACGCGCCGGUUGCCAAGACGACCGGGUGUCUGACGGCUCGGUUCUCUACCUGAUGAUCAAGGUGUACCAGGACGGCGCCCUCUCUUCCUGGAUCGGAACUCUCAGUCCAGGUGACGUGAUGGAGGUGAGUGACAUUGAGGGAAGUUUCCGGAGGGUGUCCCUCGACACGUGCACCCACCUUGUUCUGUUUGCAGCAGGAACCGGGUUCACCCCCAUGGUCAGGCUAAUCUAUGAAAGUCUAGUUGCCGAUACUUCAUGUAAAAGACAAGUGAAACUGCUGUUUUUCAACAAGAAGCACGGAGAUAUUUUCUGGAAGGAUCAGCUGGACGAACUAGCAGCUGCUAAUAACAGGUUUUCGGUGACAUACAUUCUGUCAGAGCCAGAUGAAGACUGGGAUGGUCCGAUGGGUCGAGUGAACAAAGAUCUCGUGAAGGAUCACAUUCCGACUGUCAACGACGGAAUCCGACGACUGCUGUGUGCAUGUGGCCCAAUCCUCUUUACAAAGGAGGUUAUACGAUUGGCCAAGGAGUUAGGCUGUGAGAAGGACCAUAUACAUGCGUUUGAGGGCUAGUUACAAACAUCAACAUGUUACAUCUAAUGUUAUCACAUAUGGCUGGUUACAAACAUCUACUGUCCUCUCAUAAUACAG